GUCGGCCCGUUGUGUUGUGUUGUGUUGGCCCGUUGUGUUGUUUCUCGUCGGUUCCUGGAACUGCUCCAAGUCGUGACUGGACAGGACUCGGCUCACUAGUAAUCGCUACUGGCACCUUUCUUAGAGAAUGAACUUCCGAAAGCUGACUUUUAAAAAUACUUUUUAAUGAUUACUGGUGUUUUAGAGAGAGCGGGAGGGAGAAGGAUAGAUAGAAACACUGGAGAGAGAGAAACAUCAGUGGGUUGCUUCCUGCAUGGCUCCCCCUGGGGAUGGAGCCCACGGCCCAAGCAUGUGCCGUGACCCCGAAUCACCCCAGUGACCGCCUGGUUCGCGGGUCCCCGCUCAACCAUGAGCCACACCGGCCAGGGCAAACUCUACCCUCUUAAUGCCAACUUCCUGCUCAUGUGUUUUUUUCUAAUCCAUUGUCUUCUCGUUUCACUGUCUUCUGACUCUGAAUUUGACUUCGAAGGAUGUCAAACUUGGGACAAUUUGACUCUGAUUUUUACCAAUCUAAUUAUACCAUUGAGAAUCAGGAGCAGAGUUGUAAUGACUCCAAUGCCUAUGGAAAUCUUUAUGGAUCCGGAGAAACUUGGAAUUAAUUUUGAUCACAUAUGGCAAAAAACCUUGACAGUGUUAAACCCACUGAAGCCAGCAGAUGGCAGCAUUAUGAAUGAAACCGACCUGGCUGGGCCCAUCCUGUUCUGUGUGGCGCUGGGAGCCACCCUGCUUCUGGUAAAGGACAGCAGCGUCAGAUUUAAACGUGUGUCCUUUCCAAUGCGAGUUUUGCAGAGUGCUUUGGAAACACAGAAGGCAGCGGGAAAAGUUCAGUUUGGUUACAUAUAUGGCAUGAGUGGCAUCGGCUGCCUGGGGAUUUACGCCUUACUAAACUUGAUGAGCUCUUCCGGGGUGUCCUAUGGCUGCGUGGCCAGUGUGUUGGGUUACUGCCUGCUCCCCAUGGUCAUCCUGUCCGGCAGCGCCGUCUUCUUUUCACUGCAGGGCACGAUCGGUACUGUGUUGGCACUGGUCAUCAUUGUCUGGUGUAGUCUCUCAGCUUCCAAAAUCUUCAUUUCCGCCUUGGACAUGGAAGGACAACAGCUUCUCGUUGCCUACCCGUGUGCCUUACUUUAUGGACUUUUUGCCCUCUUAACAGUUUUCUGAAGAGUAUUUGAGAUGGCAUUACAAGAUUCUGUUUAUUUGCUGUUCAGAUUAUUCUGGAAAUGUAUUAGCUUUCAAAUUUGGUAAUAUGUUUUAUUGCUAUUAAGAGACUAAUAAGCAGAAAAACAAAAAAGCACUUAUGGAUGAUGCUCUAAUAGCAUGCUUGGUUUGAAUGAUUUUCUGUGUCUCAGCUUGAUGCAUUAAAACACUUAAACAUACUUUAAAAUAAAAGGGAUAAAGUUGUUGUACUGAUGGACCUUGCUUUUCUCAAUAGAUGCAUUUCUGAGAAAUUGUAAGUAAAUAAAAUCACAUGCUGACUGGA